AAAAAAAAAAAAUUAAAAUCAUCUGAAUCUUAAGAUUAAAGAUUACAAUAAAAAAAAAGUGGUUGAAUCUAUUUUUAAACAGCGAUUCGGUUUUCUUUUAAACAAAUGUCCAAUUAAGAGUGGAAUGACUAUAAUAAUAACAUUUUUUUAUCCAAAAAAAGAAUUCUCCGAUGUUGUUGUCGCCGCCUCAUGUCUUCUUUGUUACAAUAAUAAAGUUUUGUGUUAGGGAUAUCAUUUAUCUCCGUUGUUGUUAUUUAUGUAAUGUACCUUACAUAUUGAUAAUAAUACAUGUAUUUGUAUUUGUAUUCAUAUUUGUAUAUAUUUUUUUUUUAUUACUGUUGAUCAUAGAUGUACUACACGUGAUUUUUUGUUGUUGUUAUCAGCAUUUAUUGUUGGUUUAGAAGAAAGUCUUUGAAACUUUCUCCCAAUUAAUCAAAAAAAAAAAAAUUUUUUUU